AGUUGCUGUCGCUAGGAGCUGUCCGCGGUGCUGAAACGACGAUGGUGAGCUGACUUGAGAAAGAGAACGGCAUACCCAACGAGAAAUCGACUUAGCGAGCGUUGGAAUUGAACAGUCUCUGUCUAUCAGCUGAUAACGACACCAGGACAAAGCUCUCAUAAGUGUGGAGCGCCUGUGCUGCGCAGUGUGCGAUCCCGAGGUCUCACGGCAAGUGGCUUUUGCAGAGCACGAGCAGUCUCUAUUUCGUUUUAAGGAAAAGUGUUGAUCCCAAGGACAUUAUUUUCUGUUAGCAGAGGACCGCUACUGAAAGGAAGCAUGAGUGCGGCACGAGAUUACAAAGUCGUUAUGAUGGUUCUAUUUGCAAUGAUGACGGACAUAGGCGCUGAAGGUUCCUAUUCUGAGGAUGGGACGUCCGUCACACAGAGGGGACAGUCUGAAGGUGGAGGGCCCAGCCCGUACCCCAACACACGGGACACUGACAGAAGGAUCCCCCUGGUGACAACCGCCCCUCCCCUGAAUGUCCCCAACCAUCACACUCUCUACAAGGGCUUCCUCCUUCAGGAGUCCCUCCAAGGACAGCGGCAUUUCUUUGAGGACAGUGGGGGUGUGGAUACCCACCCCACUAUGCCACCCUCAGGUCCCCACUUUGCCAGAGACCCCUCCUCCACUCACACGGUGCCACACAAGGAAGAGCUGGCUUUCUCCGAUGUUGCCUCAACCACUACCAUUGUGGCAACAGCCACGUCACCGUUGGCAACACAGGGUAGCUCUGUUCCAGGGGGGCGUGUCUCUGUGACUCAGAGAGGGGCGUUGACCAAUAGCAGGGGGAGGAGGACAGAGGAAGAAGCUGAUGCCAUGGAUACCCUGACCACUCCUGUCAUGCACACCUCUGCCCUCCCUCCCCACUCAAACACUCACAACCUGUCUGCUCCUAUGGGUGACAGGCACUCUGAGGUCCCUUCCCCAUCCACCAUGACUCUCCCAGUCUUGACCACUCUAGUGGAGAAGGAUAAAGGGAAGUCAGCAGAACACAACAUGAGCCAUGCCAGUGAUGGUGUAGCGAUGGACACUUCUGCAGUAUCUGGUGAUGUGGAUGAUGAGACCACUACGACUACUAUAACCACAACCACCAUCAUCACCACCAGCCUGCCCAACCCAGUUCCCUGUAUCUUCAACCUGACAGCACCAGAGGGCUACAUAGAGACGCCCCAGCCGUCCAGCUCUCAUUACUACUCCUCUGUGGACUGCACCUACACCGUCACGGUCUACACGGGCUAUGGAGUAGAGAUACAGGUGAUGAAUGUGAGCCUUUGGGAGGGGGAGCGGGUGACGUUUGAGGAUGUGGGGGGAGGGGAGCCCUCUGUUCUGGCCAACGAGUCUAUCCUGUUGAAGGGCCUGGUGGUACGCAGCUGGAGCAACCAGAUCACCAUCCACUUCCACAGCCAGAGACAGACCCAGCCUGGGUCCUUCCUGCUCAGAUACCAAGCCUUUGUGUUGAGCUGUACCUUUCCCCAGCGGCCGGUCUGUGGCGAUGUGUCUGUGAGCAGCCUCCACUCUGGGGGAGAGGCCUACUUCUACUGUCUGACUGGGUACCAUCUGCAGGGAACCAACACACUGACCUGUCUCAACGCCAGCACCCCCUACUGGAGCGGCACGGAGCCGCAGUGCCAUGCUGCUUGUGGUGGCAUUGUCCGGAAUGCCACGGUUGGACGCAUUGUGUCACCCGGUUUCCCUAGCAACUACAGCAACAACCUGACAUGCCAUUGGCUGCUGGAGGCCCCAGAGGGACAGCGAGUGCACGUCCACUUUGAGAAGGUGGCCCUGGCAGAGGACGAUGACAGGCUUCUGAUCAAAAAUGGGAAGAACAUUGACUCUCCUCCGAUGUAUGACUCAUAUGAGGUAGAGUACCUGCCCAACGAGGGCCUAGUGAGCACCUCCAGACCCCUCUUCAUAGAGCUCACCACUGAUGGAACAGGCACCUCCACCGGCAUCGCCAUCAGAUACCAAGCAUUUGCAGUGGGCCACUGCUAUGAGCCGUUCGUCAAGUACGGUAACUUCACCAGUAAUGACAGCACGUGGGCAGUGGGGACGGUGGUAGAGUUCACCUGUGACCCUGGCUACACCCUGGAGCAGGGCUCUGUCAUCAUUGAGUGCAUGGACCACAACAACCCCCAGUGGAACGAGACUGAGCCUGCCUGCAGAGCUGUAUGCAGUGGAGAGAUGACUGACUCUGCUGGAGUGGUCCUGUCUCCUAACUGGCCAGAGGCCUACGAUAGCGGCCAGGACUGCAUCUGGGGGAUUCACGUGGAGGAGGACAGGAGGAUCAUGCUAGACAUCCAAGUCCUCAACAUAGGGAAGAACGAUCUGCUGACGUUCUAUGAUGGAGAUGACCUGACUGCUACGGUGCUGGGUCAGUACGGUGGCUCACGGCCACACUUCAAACUCUACACCUCCAUGGCUGACGUCACCAUCCAGUUCCAGUCUGACCCGGCCACCAACAUCUACGGCUACGGCAACGGCUUUGUGGUGCACUUCUUCGAGGUGCCUCGUAACGACACGUGUCCAGAGCUCCCAGAGAUCACCAACGGCUGGAAGAGCACCUCCCACCCUGAGCUGGUCCAUGGCACGGUGGUCACCUACCAGUGCUACCCAGGUUUCCAGCUGGUGGGUACAGAGCUGCUCAUGUGCCAGUGGGACCUGACCUGGAGUGGAGACCUGCCCAGCUGUGAGAGAGUGCUGUCGUGUACAGACCCAGGUACUGUGGAGCACAGUCGCAGGGUGAUGUCCAGCCCGCGUUUCACUGUAGGCUCCACCAUCCAAUACAUCUGUAACAAGGGCUACACUCUCUCUGGAAACAGCCUGCUCUCCUGCUACAACCACGGCUCCUCCGGACCUAAAUGGAGCGAGAGGCUACCCAAAUGUGACUCGGUGACCUAUGAGCCUUGCAGGAACCCUGGCAACCCAUCUUACAGCACCCAGAUCUCAGAGAAGCCUCUCUACCAGGCCGGGGAAACGCUGCGCUUCUCCUGCCUCAGAGGCCAUGAGCUGCUGGGGGAGCCUGUCCUCCGCUGUGUCCCUGGACACCCUUCACAGUGGAGCAGCCUGCCUCCUGUCUGCGGAGCCUCCUCAAUGGAGUUUAUGAAUGAACGCAGGUUAGACGCUGCCAGUGCAGACUACAUCAUGGAGCGAGCCAACAUAGCUCUAACAGUCUUUAUACCAGUGGCCCUCAUCAUGGUCUUCAUCAUCGGGAUCUACCUCUACUUCUCUAAGGUUCAGGGGAAGCCUCUGUGUCUUCCCAUGUCCACCUCCUUACCAUAUGACCACAUCCCAGGAGAGUCCACCUUCGACAACUCCCUCUACAAAACAGAGACUACGAACAAUGAGGUAGACCAAGCGCUAGGCUACAACCUGCUUAUUUAGCCUCCACUCUGUCUGUCAGUCAGUCUUCAUCAAUUCCACAUUCUGAACCUAUUUCACACUGUGAGCUUAUUGAACUAAAGCCCACAGUAGGUUGAGCACAUUUAAAUGGGUCAGAGGAGAGGUACAAACCUCUCAAAUCAAAUAAGAAAUAGAGUCAAAUUGGUCGCAUACACAGUUUUGCAAAUGUUAUCGCAAUUGCAGCAAAAUGCUUAUGUUUUUAGCUCCAACAAUAAUUAUCAAUAUAAUACAAUACACACAUAAUCUAAAAGUUAAAAAGAAAUAUCAGAACGAGAAAUGGAAUAUAAAUAAAUAUACAGUAUACUGUAUGCAUGUGAAUGGUAUGUAUAGACAAUGGUGUGUGUGUAUAGACAAUUUAAGGUCAUUGUCCCCUCUCUCAGGUGAAAAUGGAAAAGCCUCACAGUUUGGGCUGAUCUCUUCCAGACACUAAACGUAUCCCUGUGAUAUCCCUAUCAUAGUCUACAAACAGAUGUCAGUUAUCACAUGGCUCAUUCACAAAAAGAGGAAUAGCCUUUGUGAUCAUAGUAGGAAUAUGAUCUACUCUACUUCUGUCUCACUAUACCUUAUUGUGUACAAGCUUGUCCCUAAUUCAGAACUAUGUCCUCAUUUCACAGGACACAAGAGAGUACGAGGUUUCCAUCUAGAGGCACAACUACGUGUUUCAGCAUUGACAGGUCUGGUCUCAAGAUGGUUUGCCUUGUGGAAGUUUGUCUGCACUCCUCAGACCCCCCCCCCCCCCCCCACCCCCCCCCUUCACACCUCACUCCGCUUGCCUCCACCAUCUUUCCCUCUGUCUACUGAACAUGUCUCUGCCCAGCCCACAUUGGCCAUCACUGCAAAGACUGGAAAACAUUAUUCUUUUUGUAGAGCUUCAACAGCAAUGGCCUAACAGCAGUGUUUGUACAGUUUUUAUCCUGAGAUGAUCAAACCCUAAAGACGUCAGUCCAAUGUCGAACCUCACAAAUGGGAAAGCUGAGUUUGUAUCUAGUCCAAAAAAUGGAAUGUGUCAAUACAACACGAUAUAUUUGUCACACAGCUUGUAGGGAAUUUUUAUUUUGAGGCAAGGCACACCACAAAAGAGCUAGAUUGUGAUGAUUGGAGGGAUAUCAUAAUAACCUGGACUCUUAAACCUUUCAAAUUCAAUGGACAAUUUAAACAUCUUUUCAUUUUUUUUUGUACAAUAGCUGCAAAUUGUAAAGUUGACCCUCUCAAAAACAUGUAAACACACCUCUUUUUUUAUGCAACCUCCUAUGAUUAAAAACAUCUGAAUGUGCCUUAAAAUGAAGGCCCUUAUUAAGCAAUGUUCAUAUCAUGUAUAUUUCUGAUACUGCAUUGGUUCAUCUGAGAUUAUUACAUUGUUGAUUUCAUAUGGAUCAUAAAAUAGAGAUGUAGUAAUACAAAGAAAAUGUCAUUUAAUUUCUUCUCAUACACAAUUGUAUGUGUGUCUUCAACAUGCUGAUUGAAAGGUAUUCAUGAAUGAUAUUGGAUUGGCAAAUCUCUGAAAAAGUCUAUGGCAAAGUGUAUAUAAGUUCUAGUGCCAUUAGUUUUGAAAACCAGGGAAGGUUAAAGCUUAAGAAGUCACUGUUGUGGAUUGGGGAUUCUUAAAAACUGAUGCAAUGUAUUUGCCUAAAAUAAUAUAGCUUAUUCUAUAGGAGAAUGCAUCACCAUUCAAACUCUCUUUUUAUCAUUGUCACUUGAUAAUAUUUAUUCACACAAACAGGUGUGAUGACAAUGAUUAUACUUCUAUAAUCUAUUUUUGAUUCAUUGUAUAUACACUGAUUAAGCCAGUUCAUGAACAAAACGUCCUCAAUAAAGUUAUUAUUCAGAAAAAAAUUGA